AGCCCCCACCUCAUUUCGAGGCCAUAGCCAUUCAGAUCAUCUCCAAACAAAAUAUCUAAGUGUUAUAAUAGAGUGGCUGGGGCCAGCCUGCUGUGUCCGGACUUUGUUUUAUUAUAGGUUGCUCUAUAUUAUAUAGAUAACCAUGUUUUCUCGCCGAGUCUUAUCAAUUACACACUGGUACACUGCCUAGCAAGAAUACCCAGAAUCUGAAUUUGCAGAACUCACUUUCUAUUUAUGGAAAGCACGGUGUCCACUGAGUUAAUUCCGGGUCUGCCCGAGGAGCUCGGUCUCGAGUGCUUGACUCGGUUGCCAUACACGGCUCAUCGAUUCGCCUCCCGAGUUUGUCGGAGAUGGAGCCGAUUACUUUUAAGCAAAGAAUUCUACUAUCACCGUAAGAAGUACGGAUACACCCACAAAAUUGCUUGCUUGGUUCAAGCCCGCAAAGCAGUUUCAACAGAUAGGGUAAAACCUGGUGGCUCGCCCGAUUACGGAAUCACCGUGUUUGACUCGGUGAGUCAUUCGUGGGAGCGACUCGACCCGGUUCCGGACUACCCAAAUGGGUUACCCUUGUUUUGUCAAUUGGCAAGCUGCGAGGGGAAAUUGGUGGUGAUGGGCGGGUGGGACCCGGAUAGUUACAAUCCGAUUACCGAUGUUUGGGUGUAUGACUUCGCGACCCAGCGAUGGACGCGAGGGAAGGACAUGCCUUCAAAGCGAUCGUUUUUCGCAAUUGGAGCUUUUGCGGGUCGGGUGUAUGUGGCGGGUGGGCAUGACGAGAACAAGAACGCGUUAAAAACCGGGUGUGUUUAUGAUUUGGGUGGGAACGAGUGGAGUGAGUUGGCUCAGUUGAGUCGAGAGAGGGACGAGUGCGAAGGGGUGGUAAUAGGGGAGGAGUUCUGGGUUUUGAGUGGUUAUGGCACGGAGAGUCAAGGAGAGUUCGUCGGAAGUGCUGAUGUGUAUGAUUUCAGUUCAGGUCAGUGGAGGCCGGUCGAGGGAGUUUGGGAAGCGGGUGGGUGCCCGAGAACUUGUGUGGGUGUGGGGAAAGAUGGGCAAUUAGUGAAUUGGGCGGAGCUGGACCCCGCAGUACGGGUCGGGAUAUGUGGAGUCACGUUGGGAUCACGUGCUCUGGUGACGGGGUCAGGGUACCAAGGUGGACCACAUGGCUUUUAUAUGAUGGAAAUGAGAGGAGGGCAAAAUAGUAAAUUGGAGGAUAUCAAUGUAUCUGAUGAGUUUCUUGGAUUUGUUCAAUCUGGUUGUAGCGUGGAGAUAUAGUUUGAUUCGGGAUCAAAGAAAAGCAAAAUCUGGGUUUUGGGUUGGAUUUUUGUAAAUUUUACACGUCAGCGUCAGCCUCAACGUGGUAUAGACUCUUCUAAUGACCCGAAAUUUACACACA